AUGGCAGUCUGGUUCGAGUUUACCGCGCACAUGCUUUUUCUAAUGCUAGGUUGUUAUCUUGGAACUUUGGAGGGUCGGACCUCGAGCCGAACCCCAUGGGGCUUGCAGGGACAGGGCAGCGAUGGAACCGAUUCUCCGUUUGACCGAGACAGAGCUAAUCAGGAUGUGGUCUCACAGCACAUGUACAGGCUGUAUGAGAAAUACAACAGAGAUCUGAAACGACUCAGAGAGGGAAACACUGUCAGGAGUUUCAGAGCCAGCCAAGACACGUCUGACCAGAGGACGUUUUACCAUCUGAACCUGACGUCUCUCCAGGACUCAGAGCUCAUCCUCUCUGCCACGUUUCACUUCUUGUUCGACCGGUGCCCACGGCCAAGGGCCUGGUUGGGCAAACGCUACAAAAUCCCGGCCUGUCGCUCUCUACACCUCCACCCUGCUCCCUACAUCCACCUCUUCAGUCACUCCAACCCCUCAGGGUCAGGGUUCAAUCCAGGGUCGCAGGUGUCAUUGCUAGGCAACGUGACAUUUCACCCUAACCAGAAAGGGUUGUGGCAGAUGCAGGACUUGACUGUGGCGAUAAAAGAGGCCAGGGAAAAGGGCAGUCAUUUUGUGUCGGUGGAGCUGGACUUUGGGCUGCAGUACCACAGACAGCCAGAGGACGCACUGUCGGGGGCCAGUCUACCUUAUUUGUUGAUGUAUGCUGAUGACCAUGCGCUAGAUGAGCCCAACAGUGUGGCACAGACUUUACAGAGGUAUGGCCCUGAGGCUGAGGUGAAGGAAAAUUCUUCUCACCCUUCUCGUCUUCCCCCUAAACAGGGGUCAAAGGGUCGUGUGAGAAGGGGGGUACCAUCCCACCCAGACUCCAUCCAGAACAACGAGCUACCAGAGGUGGAAUACAGGCCUAGCGGAUCCAGGAAAGAUGACCUGUUUGAAACCGCCUACCACACCCUGAAACCUAUCAAUCCCAAGCCUGGGAGGAAGGAGAGGAUGAGGAACGGCCAGGACGGAGAGGAAGAAGUGAAAGAUGGGGAGAGGGAUGGAGGGAGUCAAUCGCCAGUUCUGAGCUUGGACGAGAGGACCCCAAAGAAGAGCAGCGAUGGAGGGAGUAGGUUGCAAGACAACAUUGAGGGAAGGAGUGAUGGAAGAAACAAUAGAGGGAAGGCAGGAGGAAGUAAGUCUCCAAUGCUGAGUUUUGAUGAGUGGACAAUGCGCAAGGCGAAGAAGAGACAGUGGGGAUCGGAGCCCCAGAUUAGGAGCUGCUCUAGGAGGACCCUCAGGGUCGACUUUGCCGACAUCGGCUGGAGUGAGUGGGUCCUGGCGCCUGAAGCCUUCAAUGCCUUUUACUGCGCUGGAACCUGUGGAUUCCCCAUGCCCAAGGUGCUGCAUCCCUCUAACCAUGCAACCAUCCAGAGUAUAGUCCGUGCGGUUGGGAUAGUUCCAGGGGUCCCAGAGCCCUGCUGUGUCCCAGAGAAGAUGAGCCCUCUGGUGGUUCUCUACCAGGACGAGGGAGGUAACCUGGUGCUUAAGGUCUACCCCAGCAUGUCUGUGGAGAGCUGUGCCUGCAGAUAGACCCAAAGGACAGAGGGGAACAAUGUUGGACAAGACAGGAUGGAAUGGCAGGAAUUUAAAAGGAAAAAGGAAGAAAAAAAAAGGGAAGGAAAAAAAGACAAGAGAUAUAUUCAUAAACGGACGGAUGAGUUGAGGUGUCUGUCCAUCUCUUCGUCCCUUGAGUCCCUCAGGCGUUUGACGCUGAGAUAGGUGAACGCAAAGAAGCGUUGAAGAAGCACGUUAUCUGUCGUUGCAGCACCAGUCAUGUCCUCCAGUAGCAGUAGACACACGCCACCACAAUAUUCUCCACAUCUACCAUACCCUCGACAAAGCAGCAUCACCACUUCAAGGACUACAGGUACUUGAGAGAGCU